AUGAUAGCACUACAAUGGUUGCUGCUCAUGCAGUGUUUUAUCAGUGGCACUGCUGGAGCUAAAAUACUAAUUGCAGCUCCAUUUAGUGGCAGUCACUACUUUGCCACUUCAGACAUCGGACACCUGCUCGCUAAACAAGGACACCAAGUUACCUUUGUAGCUCCAAUUAUAGAUCCUCGAAACUUAAUGGAGCACGAGAACUUUACUUUGGUGCCACCAUUUUGGAAAAUUGAGGGACUCGGUGGCAAUGACGCAUAUGGAUGUGUGAUGUCAAUAAUUGAGUCAGAAAGGGACGACUACUUGUACAUUGAUACCCAGGCGGCAAACGAAGUAUGUAAAAAAAAGUGGGAAUGGCUUUACCAAAUUCUCAUAAACUAUUACACCAGUGAUCAAUUCUUACAGUUACUGAUGGAUGAACAAUUUGACCUGAUCGUUGCUGAAGAUAGAACUUCUAUUCCGAUACUCGCUGUAACAAAUAAUAUUCCACUGGCGGUAUAUUUUCCUGAAGUUGAGUACAGCAGGACUAGGAUGGCUCAAAAUCUCCCGCAGUUUCUCUGCAGCGAACCUAGCAUGGCAAUUCAAGUCUAUGAUGGAGAGAAACCAGGUUUUUGGAGGAGACUGUAUGGGAUUUAUAACCUGGUUGUCGGAGGAGCUAAGUUAAUAUCUGCUGUUGAGACGAUGUUGAAACCGGUCUAUGCCAAGUACGGUAUCAAGUCAACACAAUCCUUGCUGGAGAAAAUACAACUAUUUAUCAUAAAUGACCACCCGGCAUUCUCAUUUCCAUAUCAAGUUGCAAACAACGUGGUACAGGUGGGAGGAUCUAGUUUGACAGAAGGAAAACCUCUCCAGGGAGAUCUGAAAACUUUUGUUAGGAACCAGACGGACCCUAUCGUGUAUGUAUCAAUGGGAACAUACAUUGAUUUCAUAUGGCUAAAGUGGCAUGCCAUCUUGCUAAAAGUUCUGCAAGAAAGCGAAUUUAGUGUGGUUCUCAAAGUAAAUGAAGAGACUCAAUACAAACUCCCUGAACUUUCUAGCAAGUUCUUUGUGUCGUCCUGGGUGCCACAACGAGAUCUUCUGGCAAGUGGGGAUAUCACACUGUUCAUAUCCCACUGUGGUAACAAUGGCAAGAUUGAAACCAUAUAUUAUCAGGUUCCGGUUCUGUGUACUCCUACUAUCGGAGAGCAAGGUAUAAACGCGGACGCUAUUAAACACAGAGGUUUCGGAGAAUUGAUUCUACCAACAAAGAUCACAAGGGAAACUCUCAAACGUGUAAUUGAUAAAAUGAUAAAAGAAAAUGAGUCAUAUCGUGAAGAAAUGUCAAAAGCUGUAGACAUCUUUAAAACGGAUCCGGCUUCUGGUCAAGACAAAUUGAUGUAUUAUUUGAACUUGAUGCUGAAGCAUGGAAACUUGGACCACUUGAUUAAUCAGAUCAUGAUGCAGCAAAACUUCUUGGAAAUGUACCAUCUAGACAUUAUAUUAUUUGUCAUUUUGAGCACAACAAUAAUCAGUUAUCUUAUAUUCAAGAUUGUUUCUAGAGUGGUGUUUAUUGUUUCUUUUAAGUAGAUAAUAUAUGUUUUUUCUGUUACAUGUAAGUCAUUUUUUAAUGUUUGUUAAGUUAUUUUUCCUUUUUUACUAGCCA